UAAAAGCGCUGCACUAAUGUUUUGGGCAAACUCCGUCGUGUGUUUAAUAAACUGGACACGGUAACCUGCAUCAUUUAAUAAAGCAAGAAUGUCUUUUUCGACUAUUUAUAAGUUGUCCAUCUUCGCAUUUACAUUGGUUUUUGGAGUCUCAGGUUCUGGAUGUCCGGUUCUGGAGUGUUGGUUUGUUCAAGAGAAGCCGGGUCAUGGAGGGGGUCUGUCAGUACCAAUGAGUCAAGAGAAAUCUCUAAUGUUCAUCACAACUGAAGCCUACAGUGAAGAUACAAUAAAUGAUCUUCAUCCUCCAGCAGAUAUCAGCCCAUCCAGAAUUUACUAUGUGACAGAUCCAGCCGGCACGUUCUGUAGUUCAGCCCUGAAUCCAGCCAAAGGUUCUGUGAAUAAACCCAAAUGUGAGAUAAAUCCUUUCAUGCCUCACGCCUCUAUGGUAAGAUGGGCAUCUGCUUUGACUGACUCCGCCCAAAGUCCCAUCUACCUGCAAGCUGAUUGGUUCUCAGUGGCAGCACAAGGACUUGAUGAGCAGCUGACAUUAUCCAAUAUUAUGCGAGCACCCUUAACUUCUAAAGAGCCAAAUGUAAUUCUCAGUGUCUCCAGUAAAACCCCAUCAGUCCGCUCUAGACUGGGUGAGGAGGUUCUUCUGGACUGUGGGUUUUGGGUAGACCCAUCAUCUCCACUUCAUGGCUCUGGUUUCUCUAUUGAGUGGCGUUAUCAGUUUCGGGGUGAAGGACGGCUGAUUGUUGCUUAUGAUGGCAAGAACGAUCGGUUUUCUGAGACAUCAGAGACAGGAGCAAAUAUUGACAUCCCAGCUCUCUAUGAGACAGGCAAUGCAUCUCUGAUCUUAGAAGAGGCUCAAGUGAGACAUUCAGGAACUUACAUCUGUACAGUUUAUCUACCACACCUGCUGGCACAGGUAGCUGUGGACCUGGAGAUUGUCGAGCCUCCAUCUCUCUCCAUCUACCCGUCUCCUCUUCCUCUGCUUGUACCUGGGCAGGUGGUGGUGGCUCAGUGUGAGGCGUCUGGUUUUGCUCCUCACAUACUGGAGCUGAGCUGGGAGUUUACUGGUGCCGAUGGGAAGUCUCGAUCUCUGGGUCAGGGGAGUGUGACGGGUCACAGACAGGCAUCUGAUGGGACCUUCAGUCAGAGCACCCGGCUGGAGUUGGACACAGGGAAACUGAGGCUCGGACGUGGUGGUGAGGUCACCUGUGUAGCCAAACAUCAUGGAGAAAUGAGGCGAUCAAGUGCAACACUCAAUGUGAUUGGUGUUAGUGCUCCAUCUAUUGAAGACUCAAUGGCAAUGGUCGCUGUUGCUCUUGUGCUUUAUGGAGUCAUAAAGGUUUUGUACUGGACAUUCAGUUCUUCUGACUCCACUGGGACUGAAUUAAAUGAAAAGAAGGAGAAGUAAACCUGGUCUUGGAGGUGAUGUCACCCAAUGUCUUCUCAGUCUGGAGGUUUUGUUUUUCCUUAUCCAACAGAUAGUUCAUUGUUUUUCUUUAAACUACACUUUAGGAACAAAUGAGACAGAUGAUGGUCCCCAGAAAUUAAAAACUUUUGGGAAUAACUUAUUUGUGAAAAUUAUACUUGAAAUAACUUUUUUCAAUUCUAAAAAAAAAAACCUUUUCUGUGACGGUGUGUGUUAUUAAAAUAAGCUGUAUAUAAAUUCAAUAGACUUAUGUGGUCCCUGAUUUGUUUGUGUGUAUGUUGGCAAUUUUUUUUGCAUCUUAAAGAUUGUAAUAAUAAUUGUGCAAAUGCCAAAAAUAAAACCAUUACAUUUGG